CGCUGGGGGAUGUAGCACGGGGUUCGCGGCCCCAGCUGAGCCCCACGCCCGCCUGUCACAGGGAGAUCUCUGCCCCCUGGGGCGGAGACACCCAGCCCGCCCCCAAGCUGAAGCUGCAGGGUACCGAGGUACCAGCUAGAUGUCUUCUCACAAAGGACCGGUGGCGGCACAGGCCAGUGGGGCUCCUGCCAAUAGCGGGGAGACGGACACGGUGGAGCUGGCUGAGCUGGGACCCCUGCUCGAAGAGGAGGGCAAACGGGGACUCGCUGACCCGGCCGGAGCUGAAGCAGAGCAAGCAUGCCCAGUGCCCCAGGAGGAGGAGGAGGGGGAGGUGAGGGUCCUGACACUUCCCCUGCAAGCAUACCGUGCCUUGGAGAAGAUGGAGGAGUUCGUGUACAAGGUCUGGGAGGGACGCUGGAGGGUCAUCCCGCACGAUGUGCUCCCCGACUGGCUGAAGGACAACGAUUACCUGCUCCACGGCCACAGGCCGCCCAUGCCCUCCUUCCGGGCCUGCUUCAGGAGCAUCUUCCGCAUCCACACAGAGACGGGCAAUAUCUGGAUCCACCUGCUUGGCUUUGUGCUGUUUCUGUGCCUGGGGGUCUUGACCUUGCUGAGACCAAACAUGUACUUCAUGGACCCCCUGCAGGAGAAGGUGGUGUUGGGGAUGUUCUUCCUGAGCACGCUGCUCUGCCUCGGCUUCUCCUGGCUCUUUCACACCGUCUACUGCCACUCAGAGAAAGUCUCUCAGACCUUUUCCAAACUGGAUUAUUCGGGGAUCGCCAUACUGAUUAUGGGGAGCUUUGUCCCCUGGCUCUAUUACUCCUUCUACUGCUCCCCACAGUCACGGCUCAUCUACCUCUCCGUCAUCUGUGUGCUGGGCAUCUCCGCCAUCGUUGUGGCCCAGUGGGACCGGUUUGGCACUCCUAAACACCGGCCGACGAGAGCAGGGGUGUUCCUGGGCCUGGGCUUGAGCGGCGUCGUGCCCACCACGCACUUUACCGUCUCCGAGGGCUUUGUCAAGGCCACCACUGUGGGCCAGAUAGGCUGCUUCUUCCUCAUGGCUGUGAUGUACAUCACUGGGGCUGGUCUCUUUGCUGCUCGAAUCCCUGAGCGCUUCUGUCCCGGGAAGUUUGACAUAUGGUUCCAGUCACAUCAGAUUUUUCACGUCCUGGUGGUGGCAGCAGCCUUCGUCCACUUCUACGGGGUCUCCAACCUUCAGGAAUUCCGCUACAGCCUGCAAGGCAGCUGUACUGAUGACUCUCUUCUCUGAGCCUCCCCCGAAAGGCGGGAGGGGGACGUCCCAAGUGCUUUAAAAAAUAACUCCUUUGCUGAAGUGAAA